AUGGCGGCUCCUAUGGAUGAACGUAUUAACGUUCCAAUAGAUGACCCAAAUGCCGAUACUGAGUGGAACGAUAUUCUACGAAAGCAUGGUGUAAUCCCUGAGAAACCUCCCUCCCCAUCACCGCUGAUCGAGGAAGCGAUUAUCGAGGGGCGCCGUCUCGCACAUGAGAAUAGAUUGGAAGGAAAGGAUAUUGAUGAGCUAGACGAGCUUGAGGAUCUGGAGGAUGAGAAUUUCUUGGAACAGUACCGACAACAACGAGUUCAGGAGCUAGCCUCUCUCACCAAAAAAGCUGUACAUGGAACUGUAUAUCCAUUAUCGAAGCCAGACUACUCUCGUGAAGUAACGGAUGCGAGCGCGAAUGGUCCGGUGUUGGUAAAUCUUACGAGUGGCUUGGGAACAAAUGUGGAAAGCAGGAUCUUAACAGAAUUAUGGAGGCAGGCAGCAGCUGAGUUCGGGGAGAUUAAGUUCUGCCAGAUCAGAGGAGAUAUGGCCAUUGAGGGAUAUCCGGAUAGGAAUUGUCCAACGAUCUUGAUCUACAACAACGGCGAUAUUGUGAAGCAAGUAGUGACACUCAUGACAAUGGGAGGAGUCAGAAUGGGUAUGUCGGCUAUCGACAAUCUUUUGAUUGAGAUUGGUGCUAUCAAAGACAAUGACAUGAGGGUGACGAGGCGCAGACGAGAUGCGGAAGAUCUAGAAGAGGAGAAAAGGGAGAAGGGAGGCAUACGAGGGAGCAAGAAAAGCGCAACUGUGGAGGACGAUGAUGAGUGGGAUUAG